AUGGUCCUGAUGAGUGUGUUGGCAGGUCGGCUACAUGGUCGCGCUGGCCGCAUAGCUUUACAGCUGCGUGUGCCGCGGCCGGACGGAGCCUACGAUCAAGGUGACGCUGCGCUGGUGAGGUUGGCGGUUGAUGAAGUCAGGGACCCAAUCAAUCCCAACCAGAUCUUACAGGCCCACGUCCCACCAGGUGUGCAGUGCUUGUGCAACGCGCUCAGAGAUGCCUUCGGACAGAGUGAUCAAGAUAUGGCUUCUUCAUCGCUUGAUAAGAUGAGCUUUCAGGAGUAUGCAGUCGAGUGGGACAUGCGGCUGGAGGAGGCCGCUGAUCGAGCUGGACUUCAGAUCAAUGAGGUUGCCAAGUUCUACCUGUUCUUCAAGAGCUCAAGUUUGCCGGCGAAGAUGAUUGACGACCUCAAGAUGCAGAUUGGAGGCAAUCUCAACCGAUUCGCGGAUGCCCGAUCCUUGGCUCUGCGACUCAGCGACAAGAAUGAUGCCCAGAGCGAUGUGUUCUACAACGAGGACUACUACCAGGAGCCGAUGUACGCGGAUGAGGAUUGGUAUAGCCAAGACUGGUAUGAUGGUUUAUAUUGA